CAAGCGAUCUCCGCUACAGCCUCGCCCUGCCGCCGCCGCCUCCCGGGAGGCUGACGUUAUGCCUCGUCCACCGUCUGACAGGGAGACCCAGAAGCGAGAGAGAGAGAGAUGACGGUGAGGAUGAUGAAUGUGCUGAUGCUGGUUUGGUGCCUAGCUGCAGCAGCCGCAGCAGAGGGGGAGACGGCAGCCGUCGUCACAGAUGGUGAGCGGGCCGUCGUUGCCGAGUGCCACAGGGAAGGUGUCCGCCCCACACAACGACAACAGCCUUCCAAUGGUGUUUCCCGGGAAACAACUGGCUUGGUUCAACAAGACAUUGGUGACACCAUAAGUGCAGACAGAAAAACUGCUGAAUGCUUCAAGGGAAAAGUGAAAAAGAAGUUCAAAGAGCCUACAGUAGACACAAAAGCAUCUGAUGCUUACGGUGCUUGGAAAGAGAAGUCCUUGGGUAUGCUUGAGUCUGCAAAAAAGGUGGUCAAAGAUGUCCAUGCUAAGCUUUCUUGCAGGACAGUAGAUGCAGAACUGUUGAUAAAAAUGGCUGCAGGACAGGUGGUGCAAGGAAGUGAAAACCUUGCUGAGAGAGCAAAAGUUGUUGGCAAGAAGGUGGUUGAUAAUACAAAGACAGUUGGGGAAAUGGUGAUGGAAAAUACAUUGACCAAAGCCAAGAAGUUGAAGGGUAGCACACGGAAUGCUAUCACCAACAUAGUGGAAAGAACAGGCCCUAGUUUAUCAGAAAUAACACAGGAGAUGGCUCAUGAUCUAAAAGAGAAGGCUAUGAAUGCUUACAGCCAUGUAGAGAGGAAGCUUCAUCAGACGAAGGAGAAGGAUUGGAAUGCCAUCACAAAGAUUGUGGAAAAAAUGGACCCUAGUGUAUUGGGAAUAGCACAGGGGAUGGCUCAUGAUGUAAAAGAGAAGGCUAUGAAUGCUUACAGCUAUGUAGAGAGCAAGGUUCAUCAGGCAAAGGAGAAGGAUUGGUACGCUGAGAGAGCCAAAGUUGUUGGCAAGAAGGUGGUUGAUAAUACAAAGACAAUUGGGGAAAUGGUGAUGGAAAAUACAUUGACCAAAGCCAAGAAGUUGAAGGGUAGCACACUGGAUGCUAUUACCAACAUAGUGGAAAGAACAGGCCCUAGUUUAUCAGAAAUAACACAGGAGAUGGCUCAUGAUCUAAAAGAGAAGGCUAUGAAUGCUUACAACCAUGUAGAGAGGAAGCUUCAUCAGACGAAGGAGAAGGAUUGGAAUGCCAUCACAAAGAUUGUGGAAAAAAUGGACCCUAGUGUAUUGGGAAUAGCACAGGGGAUGGCCCAUGAUGUAAAAGAGAAGGCUAUGAAUGCUUACAGCUAUGUAGAGAGCAAGGUUCAUCAGGCAAAGGAGAAGGAUUGGUGUGCUCGCUCCCUGGCUGCUAGCAGGAGAAUAAUUGAUGAUACAAAAAUGAUUGGAAGAGAAGUGAUAGGGAGUGCCUUGGACAAAGCAAAGCAGGUGAAAGCUAGUGCUUUCAAUGACGUUGCAUACAUGGCAAAAAUUAUUGGAUCCAGUGUAUCAAAGACAGCACAAGGGAUGGCCCAUGAUGUGCAGAUGAAGACCAGGAAUGCUUACAGUCAUGUCGAGGAAAAGGUAAAGGAGGAACCUCAACAGACUAAGGAGCUCACAGGGGCCAGUGACAACCUUGCAGGGCAAAUGGUUCAUGAGAAGAAGGUUCAUGAGGCCACAUGCCAUGGAAAGGAUGCAACAGAUGAUGACAGAAGGGGAGACCUUUCCAAGGAGAUCACAGGGACCAGCGACAACCUUGCAGCGCUUAUGGUUCAUGAGGCCACAUGCCAUGGAAAGGAUGCAGCGGAUGAUAACGAAAGGGGAGACCUUUCCCAGAUAAUUCGGAAAGGUGUGGGCGUUAUGUAUGAUGCUGUGGCACAUGCUGUUACUUUAGAGAUGUUGAGCUUCUUGAUGAAUGUAUUACAUUCACUCGCAUUCUCAGUGGUCUCAGGAACAUGCUUCUGGGUUACGUUCAUAUCAAGCCAAGUCCUGUCAAGCACUUUGUCUAGGCAACAGUUUGAGUUGGUGCAAAGCAAGAUUUACCCAGUGUACUUACGAACAAUGGCUUGUGGUCUGGCUAUCUGUUUGGCCACUCAUCUAGCUAUCUGUAGAUGGGUAUCUGCAAGCCAAGCUCAUAAGCUUGGAGCAUACAACUUGCUGGCUUCACUUGUUUUUGUGCUUACAAAUGUUUGCGUGGGACCACAAACUGUCAAGGUGAUGCAUAAUAGACUGAAGUUGGAAAAGGAAGAAGGAAGCUGCCAUAAGUCCAACGUAGAUCAGGGUGAGCCUACUCUUUCCGCGGGUGCCACCAAUGUCACUGACGCUGCUGCGCAUAACACCUCAGCUACCAAAACAGCCGGCAAUGUCCCCACCACCACUACAUCAGUACAUACGGAGCAGGAGGUUGCAAAAUUGCGGUUAGUACAGAUGAACAGGCUGCUGAAGAAUCUGAAGAGCUGUUCAUCAGUUCUAAACGUGAUGUCUUUGAUGGGGCUCAUCUGGCAUCAAGUUCAUCUCUCCAAGCAAGUCAGCUGCUAGCACUUGGCAUGAAGUUGGAGGAAGAAGUGGGUAAAGGAUAACAGAAACUUCAGCAGUUUGUAACAACUAUCCUUCCUUCUUGAUGUCUCCCAUGGGGUUCAAGAUCACCUUAUAGCCCUGUCCCCAUCUGACGGCCGUCGCUCACCUUGGGGGCGCAUGGGGGCGAGUAUGUGUAUGGGACUCGAACAGAGAACCUGCUGCCUCGGUGGGGUUCACCUUGCAUCUCCCAUGAGCGACCCUUUUAACCUUUCAUAUCACCUGUCUUGACGAAAAGAACUUAACUAAUAACAGUAUAUCAGAUUAGCAUUUAGAUCAGAA